ACAGUCCUUGUUGCCCCUUUAAUAGGCCACUAACCUUAAUCAAAAUGAUAAAUGUUGCAAUUUACUAACAGACCAAAUAGUCAUCUACUCUGACUUGGAAGAGUGAAGAGCUGAACUUUUCAACUGUAAUAGGUGACCACAUACUCACUUUCUAGUUUGAUUUUCAAUCACACUAUUAUAAAUAGACCUUUAUCAAAUCAAACCAAAAAAAAGAUGUAACCUUGCCUUGUCUGAAAGGUAUAAUAGACUAAAAUAUUAAACUAUAUUUUGCAUGGGCCUUAAAUGAGACCACAUAUUUUCUCAAAAGUUAUUAAAGUGGCAAGUUUACAUAAAUCUUCAGAAAUUUAUCUCAAGAAAUAUAUAGAAAAUUAAAAAUUUGAGGGGGAAAUCCGAAAAUGUCAAACAUGGAUGCUGAGGCCCUUAAAAAACUAGCCAUAGUGAAUAGUAAUGAGUUUAACAGAGGUUGGAAUGAGUCAAAUAAAAACUGGGAGAAAUUUGUUGAAGAUUUCUACAACACUGAUGCAGUACUUUAUCCACCAGGCAGUCCACCGAUCACUGGAUUAAAACAUAUCAGCACAUUUCUAGAAGUGUUCCCAAAUAAUCUUAAGCUACACCACAGUCUUAGGACGGUCAAGAGUACAGGAGAAGACUCAUACUUUGCAAUAUUCAGUGUUCCAGCAACAAUAGAUGAAAAGCAAGUUGACAUAUUCACGUCUUGUGAAGAAUGGAUCAAGGAGAAUGGAGUCUGGAAAAUAUCCAAUGAUUUCUUUAACAGUGAUUAUGAGAGAGUGGAUUAUUAAAAACUUCUGUAUAUGAAAAUUAAACUAACAAUAGCUCUAAGCGGCUAAAACUAAACUUCAUACAAUGCUACAAUACUGAUAAAUGAUAUUGUUUGUUGUACAUGUACAGUAUAUGGAAUAUAUAACCUUGGCCUUUAAAAUCAAGAACAUUCUUUAAUUAUCUUCU